AUGUCUCCAGAAAACAACAUUACAGAUGCCGGAGAGUCUAGAAGUGCUCCUCAGCUCCUGCAGACCUCCCACUUCUUUUCUGAGCUUCCGAAUGAGAUUCAAGAUAUGAUUUGGGUCUUCGCGAUUUUCCCACGACGUAUCAGAUUUGAUCUUCGCGGAAAUCGUCGUUGGGCGGUCAAUAACGAGUUUUUCCACACAGCCGUGCAACAACGGCUGCUUUCUCUUUGCAAAGCAUCCCGUGCGGUAGCAACACAUACUUUAGGAGCCACUCGUACUCUAUAUUUUCCACCAAGAGAACUGGUACCAGGAAGCGUCGUGGAUGUCGGGUUCCCAGCGAACUUCCCACCAAUCCCAUUCCACUUCCUACCCGACAAAGACACUUUGUAUCUACCUGGAGUGGGCGAAUUACUCGAAGUAAGUGGCUAUGGUCAUAUAACAACGGCCGGCCAAGAAGGAGACUUAGGAGGCAUGGCUGCCGUCAAGUCACUUUCCCUGGCCAAUUUCCUACAUCGAAUAAUUUACCUCCCUCCUGAACACGUCUUAGCCACCCUAGACGGAGGUCAUAUUUGGGUGUCGGGGGCAACUGGAGGUUACCGCGGACUCUGUGCAACACUUUGCGAGUUCAUCGGGCUCGAAGAACUUAUCGUCAUUUCGCCUCCGUGGGCUAAGCUUGUCAAGAUGCGCAUGGUUAAGUGGGAGGGCGAGCGAGUCAUCAACUCUGAUGUCAAUGAAUGUCAGCAACGCAUCAAAGACUUUAAGAUAUCGCUAGAAAACGAACUUCGAUCCUACUUGGAUCAGAAAGCAGAACUUCGCUCAGAUGGAGAUAACCCUGGGCUGCAUUACUAUCGUGGUCAGCGGAUGAGUAGAUGGUGGCUGAACCCCAAGAUAACUAUCAUCACUGAAAACGAGUUCGAUUCUCGUUUCCUUUGA